AUGCCGGCCAACCACCGCCAGCCGGCAUCGCAGACGCCUGCGUCUCCCAAUACCAAGCCCACGGCUCGCUACACGAACAAAGAUGGCUCCAAGAUCAUUACUGUGCCCAAGGGCCCCCCCUCCACCGAACCCUCGCAGCCUUCCACCCCGACCUUGUCGGCAAGGCCUCCGAGUGUCCAGACCGCAGCCACCAACGGUGCCGACUCCUCCGUCCCUACCGUCAAUCGCAAGAAGCAGAAGCGUCGCGCAAAGGCUGCCGCCAAGGCUGCUGCCGAGCAGGCCGUCGCCCAAAACCCCAAUGGCCGCUCAAGUCCCGCAUCUGGAGCACCUGGCACACCCGCCUCCAAACCUCAGCCUGCCCAGGAUGACGACGACCAGGAUUCCAGCGACGACGACGCCGACGAACACCACGACCCUGACGGCCACUCACGCGUAAACGGUGUCGCCUCGGGCAAAUCGUCCAAAAAGUCAAAGAAGAAGAAGAAGAAGAACGCAAAGAACCAGCACCUUGCCGAACCCCACUUUGACAACGUCCCGUCGCACUCCCACUCGCCAUUGACGCCCCGUGGGCCUGGAAUUUCCAAGGAUAAGAUCUGGAACACCAGCUCGCAGGAGGAGAGGGAGCGCAUCAAGGAAUUCUGGCUUGGCCUGGGCGAGGACGAGCGCAAGUCGCUGGUCAAGGUUGAAAAGGACGCCGUCCUGAAGAAGAUGAAGGAGCAGCAGAAGCACACGUGCAGCUGCACCGUCUGCGGCCGGAAGCGCACCGCCAUCGAGGAGGAGCUGGAAGGCCUCUACGAUGCCUACUACGAGGAGCUCGAGACGUUUGCCAAUAAUGGGGAGGGUCCCCAUAUCCUCCCGCCUCACCGCGAAUUCCCCCUGCGACCCUCGCGCCUCCCGGCAACAUACUCGGGGCAACCGCCGUCGCGUGGUCGCAUAGUGGAGCACGUCGGCGACGAUGACGAGGACGAGGACCCCGAAGAAGAGUACAGCGACGAAGAGGACGAGCUCGAGGACGAGGAGGAAGAGGAAGACGACGACGAGUAUAGCGAAGAAGACGAACCGCCAGAGGAUGCUCACCCUCACGAUCGAGAUGUGGCCGACUUCUUGACGUUUGGUAACAGCCUGCAAGUCAAGGGUAUGCAGCUUCUGGACUCUCUACUCUGCAGAUAUGGUAACAUGGACUUAGGCGGCAUACUCACCGUUGCGGAUGACCUCCUCAAGAACGACGGCAAGCGCUUCAUCGAAAUGAUGGAGCAGCUCGCCGAGCGCCGCAUGGCGCGCGAGGAGGACGCCAAGGAACACUUUUCCCGCGCCUACGGUCAUCCCGCCAACGGCUCUUACUCGAAUCAUAACCAUCCUCCUCCCGAAGACGACUACGACGACGAGGACGAGGAGGAGGAUGAGGACUAUGAUGACAGUCAAGAAGAGGAAUACGAGGAUGAAGAAGUGAGCUCCUCUCAAUACACAUAUGACCAUAAACACUCGAGUACUGAGCAUUACUGUUGUCAUCAUCAGGACACGAUGACCGAGGAGCAGCGCAUGGAAGAGGGUCGUCGCAUGUUCCAGAUAUUCGCCGCUCGCAUGUUCGAGCAGCGCGUCCUGACGGCCUACCGGGAUAUGGUCGCCAAGCAACGCCAACAACAGCUCAUCGAGGAGCUCGAGGAGGAGAACCGACAAGACGCCCAGCGGAAAGCAAAAAAGGCCAAGGAGAACCAGAAGCGAAAGGACAAGGCCGCGCUGAAGAAACAGCAGCAGGCCGAGGAGAAGGCGCGCAAGGAGGCUGAAAAGGCGGCCGAAGAAGCCGCCCGACUCGAGGAACAGCGAAGAAAGGCCGAAGAGCAGCGACUGCGAGCCGAGGAGAAGCGCCGUAAGAAGGAGGAGCAGAAGCGUCUCGAGGAGGAGGAACGCCUCCGGAAAGAGGCGGAGCGGCAAAAGCGUCUCCAGGAACAACAAGAGAAGCGCGCGGAGCAGGAGCGUAAGGCGCGAGAAGCCCGAGAAAAGGCGCAGAAGCUAAAGGAGGAGGCUCGAUUACGAGAGAAGGAGAACCGAGAGCAGAAGGAAAAAGAGAUUCGGGAGCGGAAAGAGAAGCAAGACCAGGCCAAGCGCGACAAGGAGGCCAAGGCCAAGGCCGACCGGGAAGCCAAGGCCGACAAGGAGAGCAGCGAGCGGCUCAAGCAGGAAGAGAAGGCGGCGCAAAAGGCCGCCACCAUCACCGCUGCCCCCAUCCCCAUCCCCAACUCAGGUCGACGUCUGUCGCAACACCCGGUGCCGAUCCCGACGCACACUUCCAACCCAGCAUCAUACGCAUCUCCAAAGAUACCCGUUGCGACGCCGGCUCUGCCCAAGGCUCCAACACCGAUCCGCCCCAAACAUGCGUCCCAGCCCCUGGAAACCAGCCUGCCGGGAUCUCAAGCUUCGCAGUCCGGCUCCACUGCCAGCCAGAACCCAUCACCACACCCCGCCACACCCGGCCACACGAGCCCGGCACCGAUUGGAUCCCGGAAGACCAGCGUGGCGACCACGAGCUCGCUGCCGCACCCUCACUCCGUAUCGCCGUCGAGCAUCAAGGGCCCUAUGCAGCCGGGUCCGUUCGGCAUGCCUAUGAGCAUGCCCCCUCCCGGCUUCGGAGGGCCGCCACCUCCAGGGCUAGCGAACCGCAUUCAUGAUCCCAUCUUCGGCCCGUCCGGUAUUCCUGGCUUCGGCCGACCGCCGCCGCCACCUGGAAUGAUGCCCGGCCCGCCGGGGCUUAAUGGGCCCGCGGGACGCGGCUUCAUGCCGCACCCGCCUCCCGGAUUCGGACAGCCCAUGGGCGGCGACCCGAUGCAUAACAUGGCGCCGGGGCCCGCGACGCACUCAAGGCAGGCCUCUGGGAGCUUCGAUCCGGCUUCAUCGCCGGCUCCGGCACAACCCAUUGGAAGGCCAGCGCCCAUCGGACGGCCCGGCAGCGUGGUGCAUGGACAGCGCAACGAUCAGCUAGACGACUUCGCCAACCAGCAUCUCGGUAGCAGCGCUCUGCUGGAUGAUGCCGAGGACCCGGUCAAUGCGGCCAUGAACGCGGCUAGGCAUCGCAGCCAGGUUCCGCGACCGGCGUUUCCGACCAUCCCGUUCGUCGGAGGCAUGGACAACGGAUUCCACAACAUGCACAACAAUGUGUGGGGACCGUCACCGAUGGGCUUCGCCCCCCCUCCUGGGCUGGGCAAUCCCACCUGGGGCGGUCCAAUGAUCCCGCCGAUGCCGCCGCUCGGUCAGAUCCGCACGGCCGGAAACCCUCGUUCGGUCACGGUCCGCCUGAUGCUGUGCCGCGCCUGCAAGGAGCUGCAGAACCGCAACGCCGACACCUCCGACUCGUUUGUCGACUUGGCAGCGAUCAAGGCUGAGGUGGACCAACUCAGUGGAACGGAGGUCAUAUCGGAAGAAGAUCUGCUGGAGCUUGCCGAAACGGAAGGCAACGCCCAAAACGGCGGAGGCACCUUUGAGGUUCGACGAAACGCACAUGGCCCCGGCCAGCACUCGGUUCGGUGGGUGCCCGAAUUCAACGACAUGACACACCCUCACCACAGAGCAGUAGGCGCUCCAGGCGAGAUCGGGAGCCCCAUCAUCGGCAGUGGCACGGCGGCAUUCUUGGCUAGAGGGCAUUAG